AUGACCGUCUCCAGGCUGCUCCUCCAGCUGCUUGUUCUUCUUGGGGUUUUGCUGGUGCACUACGGAGAAGCCGCAACUUACCAAAGUUUUGCAAAGAGCCACAUCGAUCAUCCCAAAACCAGAGCCAAUAAUCCAAACGCCUACUGUAACCAGAUGAUGCGGCGAAGGGGGCUGACUCGACGGAGGUGCAAACCCAGCAACACCUUUAUCAAUGCCCCUCGCAACAGUAUCAUAGCAGUUUGCGGAAGUGGCGGAACACGCUAUCAAAGAAAUUUGUACGAUAGCAGGAGCAGUUUCCCAGUGACCCAUUGUACUAACACCGGAAGAUUCCCAAACUGCAAUUACAAUGGGCGUACUAUGAACCGGAGGGUCCGCCUGGCCUGUGUCCGCAGGAAGCCUGUUCACUUUGAGAGACUUUUGUAA